UGACGUCAUAGCGGAAGUUAGGAAAACACGGAAGUAAACACCACUCUGCGCUCAGCGUCUUCACAUCAAACAUUACAUUUGAUCACUAAACAUCUCAGUAAUGUAAUUUUAAGGAAUCAUAAGUUACCUGUCAAGAAAAUACCUCAGCGGGCGUAUCUUAAACAAAGCCGUGUUCGAAAAAGCUGGGUUUUGGGGUGCGAAGACACCGACGAAUAUAUUAUAAGCUUCUAUGGACCACAAAGAAAAACCUUGGGAAGGAGCUGUGAGACUGGAGGAGCUGCCACAGAUGGAUGGGACAUGUGAUGCAUGCGAGCCUGAUGAGGCUCAACUUGCCGUGCAAGUCUGCAACACCUGCAGCUUUGCCUUCUGCUGUUUGCAUGCUGACAGACACGCCUCCAGCACACAUCAUCCGCUAACUCCGUAUAACCAUGAGGAGACGCCAACUAAUGGACUUGGCUGCAACAUAGACUCCGGAAUCAGAAGUGGCGCCAAGGAGGAGGCUUUGAUAGGGUUGCUGCAUGUACAGGAUGUAGAUUUGAGUGAAGUGGCACUUGUAGAUGAGAGCGGUAAUGCUGAGAAUAGCCAUGGAUCCAAGAAUGGCCUGCUGCUUCGAGGGACUGAUUUGGGAGCUGAGGGUUCAGAAGAAGGACAGGAGACCAUCGCUGCAGCAGAGGCAGUGAAGAGGGACACUGUGACAGUAGAGCGACUGCGCUGCAAGGAGCAUGGGCAGGAAGGCUCCCUCUAUUGUAAACCAGAUGAAAAGAUUAUCUGUGUUUUGUGUGCUGUGCAGGGUGAGCACCAGCAACAUGAAAUUAUCACUCUGCAUGAGGCUUAUAACUGGCAGAAGAAUAGACAGGGUUAUGACCUGCUGGGCUGUACACGACAGAUGGGACAGAAAAUCACAAACAAGUGGACAAACCCAAAGAUGUCUACAGAGCAAUUGGAGGUGUAUGUGAACACCCAGUUCGAUGAACUUCGCAGAUUAGUACAUCUUGAAGAAAAGAGGACCUUGCACCUUGUGGAUCUCAAAGAGGCGUUCCUGACUGCAUCUGCUGCAGAGAAAAUUGCAGAGAUCACUGUUCAAACUGAGCACCUCCAAGAAGAGAUGGCCAGCAUCACUAAGCAGAUUUGCAUGCUGGAACAGACUCAGGUACCAACAGGAGAUCCUGUCCGGGCAGCAGAGGACUUCGCAGAAGCACCAGGACCAGUCCAUAUAUUAACGCUUGACUUUGAAGCCAGACCAAGGUUACCAUUGCCAAGGGCUGACCCAGUGGACCCACAGGACUUAGAAGACAGUGAUUCAGGACCUCCCAUGGACCAUGCUCCCUGACAAUGGACUUUCUGGUAUUGUGUCUUUGCCUGGGGUGUCAGUGAAAUGACCUUUGAAGUAACUUUGGCGAGCUGAAGUGGGGGUAGAAACCUCCUGUCCACAUUGAAAUGUCUCUCGCCCUAUUAACUUUGCUUAAUGGAAACACUGAAGUUCUCUGCCAUCGAUUACAAUCUGGCCAUAUUUCCGCUGCCAGUUGGAUCCAGGUGAGCCCGGCGGACUCGUUGAGGAAGGAGUCCAUUAGGACUGGAGUUUUCAAAGCGUUUUGUAUUGUUGUGAAAAAAGCAGAUCUAACUUUUUAUACUCUUGUCUCUUCCUGCUGCCUAAAUGUUUUUUGUUUUUUUCUCUACUUCCCAUCUGUGUUCCCUCCCAGAUUCAUAGUGCACUUGCAUUUGUAUGCAAAUGCUUUUAGGACCAACACGGAGAGCAUUUUGACACUUAUUGAUUUAGAGAGCUUUAUGAGUCUGGCAAAAAUCAAACCGUGAUUUAGGUUUUGUCGAAGACCUCUUCCGCCGUAUCAGCUGCGUGUGGACCGCUCAUAUAACGACUCAUCACUCCCGGCCGAUCCACAGUGACAAAUUUACACACUUUCCACCUUGACCCAUUUAUGCACGGCUCUCAGCAAGUCAGUCUGUAUCAGCAGAUGUUUUUUAAUGCGAUUGUUUCUCCUGUCAUAAAUUCUGUGGUGAAGGCUUGUGAAAUGUGGGCCAUGCAUGACAACAUGACAACACCGAUGCACUCCAUACAGUGACAUUACUUUUAAAAGAAAGAUAGGAGACUGAUUCCCACGUUUAUAUGUUGCCUAUUUUUGUCUUGAAUCUAUGAAUAAACAGGGAAUCGAUGUCGAGGAUGACAUCUAUUGGAACACGUUAAGAACAACGUCUUCUGAAAAGUAUCUGAAUAGUGUUUUUCCAUGUAGCUUUGGUGUGUUUGACGGGAAAACAUCUGGAAAGAAAUACCGUAGAACAGUGGUUCUCAACCUUUUUUCAGUGAUGUACCCCCUGUGAAAAUGUUUUAAUUCAAGUACCCCCUAAUCCAGUGGUUCUCAAAUGGGGGUACGCGUACCCCUGGCGGUACUUGAAGGUAUGCCAAGGGGUACGUGAGAUUUUUUUUUAAUAUUCUAAAAAUAGCAACAAUUCAAAAAUCCUUUAUAAAUAUUGUUAUUGAAUAAUAUUUCAACAAAAUAUGAAUGUAAGUUCAUGAACCGAACAUCAAAUCAACUAGGCUAUUCCAUUCAUUACAAUGCAACAAUGCAAUAUUCAGUGUUGACAGCUUGAUUUUUUGUGGACAUGUUCCAUAAAUAUUGGUGUUAAAGAUUUAUUUUUUUGUGAAGAAAUGUUUAGAAUGAAGUUCAUGAAUCCAGAUGGAUCUCUUUUACAAUCCCCAAAGAGGGCACUUUAAGUUGAUGAUUACUUCUAUGUGUAGAAAUCUUUAUUUUUAAUUGAAUCACUUGUUUAUUUUUCAACACGUUUUUAUUUAUUUUUAUAUCUUUUUUUCCAAAUAAUUCAAGAAAGACCACUACAAAUGAACAAUAUUUUGCACUGUAAUACAAUUUAAUAAAUCAGAAACUGAUGACAUAGUGCUGUAUUUCACUUCUUUAUCUCUUUUUUUCAACCAAAAAUGCUUUGCUCUGAUUAGGGGGUACUUGAAUUAAAAACAUUUUCACAGGGGGUACAUCACUGAAAAAAAGGUUGAGAACCACUGCCCUAAUCACUACACGGUUAAUGCUUUCCAGCCUGGCGAAGCUUAACAAUGCUGUUGCUAACGACGCCAUUGAAGCUGACUUAGCAACGGGACCUCACAGAGCUAUGCUAAAAACAUUAGCUUUCCACCUACACCAGCCAGCCCUCAUCUGCUCAUCAACACCCGUGCUCACCUGCGUUCCAGCGAUCGACGGAGCGACGAAGGACUUCACCCGAUCAUAGAUGCGGUCGGAUAGCGCGUCUGCUAUCCAAGUCAAAGUCCUCCUGGUUGUGUUGCUACAGCCAGCCGCUAAUACACCGAUCCCACCUACAGCUUUCUUCUUUGCAGUCUUCAUUGUUCAUUAAACAAAUUGCAAAAGAUUCACCAACACAGAUGUCCAGAAUACUGUGGAAGUUUGCGAUGAAAACCAAGCUUUUUGUAUUGAAUACAAUGUGUCCGAAUACUUCCGUUUCAGCGAUUGACGUCACGCGCAUACGUCAUCAUACAUAGACGUUUUCAACCAGAAGUUUCCUGGGAAAUUUAAAAUUGCACUUUAUAAGUUAACCCGGCCGUAUUGGCAUGUGUUGCAAUGUUAAGAUUUCAUCAUUGAUGUAUAAACUAUCAGACUGCGUGGUCAGUAGUAGUGGGUUUCAGUAGGCCCUUAAGUCGCAAGCAAAAAUUUAAGUUACAAGGAUUCUUGCUAUUAGUUGGCGUAGCAAAUGUCACAGUGAACCCUGUAAUAACCGACUAAAACAUCUGGCCUUAUAGCUGAAGAUGUACACAAACAUGCGCUUUGUUUUCCGACCAUGGGAAAGAAGAAUGUGAGUGAGAAGGACAGUGCUGAAAAUAAGGAGUGGAUGAUACCGAUUAGAGUAAAGAAAGAAAUCAUCAUCAAACAUGACUGAGCGUUUCAAUUUAGGCGUAUCACUGCCAGUCUGCAACAAACUGAGGCAGAAUGAGUCUAACGCCAGCCAAGAAUGUUAAAACAAUGUCUCAAUGGCGGAUAUUUAUCCAUGAAAUUAUGGAAAAGCUGCUGAUGGCGUGUUUGACGGCAAAGCAGCUGGGAGGAGAUACCGUAGAUGUCCACUCUCUAAGGUAAAUGCUGUGCAUCAUUAUUACAUUAUUUCAUAAAACUACUGUAGUUGUGUGUCGUAAAUUCUAUUGUUUUCCUUCUUUAUGCAAUAUUGAUUAUCAAAAAGUUUGGUUUUCUUUUUAAAAGGCAUGUUACAUGUUAAAAUGGUGCUGUUUUAAGGGGGUUGGGUCAAGCACUGAUUAAAUCGAUUUAAAUUCAUUUUGAUGGGAGAGAUACAGUACACGUGUUUUGAAUUAAGAGCUCCGUCACAGAACCAAUGAAGCUCGUAAGUAAUUAAUAUUGUGCAGCAUUCACCUUGGAGAGUGGACUUCUACGGCAGUGGUUCUCAAAUGGGGGUACGCGUACCCCUGGGGGUACUUGAAGGUAUGCCAAGGGGUACGUGAGAUUUUUUUUAAAUAUUCUAAAAAUAGCAAUAAUUCAAAAAUCCUUUAUAAAUAUAUUUAUAAAGAGGAUAUAGUAUCCAAGGUGGUUUAAAAUACAAAUCCGUGAUCCACAAUAGAAAAAGGAGAAAGUGUGGAAUCCAAUGAAUCCUUGUACCUAAGUUACGGUCAGAGCGAAAAAAGAUAUGUCCUGCACUGCACUCUAGUCCUUCACUCUAACGUUCCUCAUCCACAAAUCUUUCAUCCUCGCUCAAAUUAAUGGGGUAAUCGUCGCUUUCUCGGUCCAAAUUGCUCUCGCUGCUGGUGAAAACAAUGGGGAAAUGUGAGGAGCCUUUCAACCUGUGACGUCACGCCACUUCCGGUACAGGCAAGGCUUUUUUUAUCAGCGACCAAAAGUUGCGAACUUUAUCGUCAAUGUUCUCUACUAAAUCCUUUCAGCAAAAAUAUGGCAAUAUCGCAAGAUGAUCAAGUAUGACACAUAGAAUGGCUCUGCUAUCCCCGUUUAAAUUUAAAAAAAUCAUUUCAGUAGGCCUUUAAAGCAUAACAAUUAGCCGAAAGACAGCUCUUAUCUUACAAGUUGGGACACUCUUAAGUUGAGGUACCACUGCAUAAAACUACUGUAGUGGUUUGUAAUACAUUCUGUUGUAUGCUUUUAUACAAUAUUUAUAUUCCAAAAAAUUUUCUAAAUCUUUUUAAAGGGUGUGUUACAUGUUAAAAUUGUGCUGUUUUUGGGGGGGAAACAUUGAUUAAAUUAAAUAAUUUCAAUGGGAGACAUUGAUUUGAGAUACAAAUGUUUUGAGUUAAUAUCUUUUACACCGAACCAAUUAAGCUCCGAAAUUGAGGUUUUACUGUAUUGUAGGAACAGCUUUGCUUGCAAGACACAGUAGUUGGAGACAAGAAUGUGGAUGCGGUUCUGCUGCUGGUUCAUUAGACUUUUUCAAGAUCCAAGCAGCAAAGCCUCCAGAUAGGAAAGGGAAUUUGAGAAUAGGGAAGAAAGGAUAGUGAUUGACUCAGAGAUUAUCUUCUUCACUACAGAGGCGUCUUCUGUCUACACUCACAACGAGCCAAAACCUUCUUUCAUCAACUCAAAUUGACAAUUAGAAAGCCCCUGAACCACCUGUCUUUUUCUGCUGGACCUUCUCUGUUCCUGAAACGGUCCACUGAAUAUAGAAUGCUUUCUCAGCAGGUCUAGUUCUGCCUGCAUUGACCCGCAAAAAGUCAUUAAUCCAGUGGUCACUCCGACUGACUGACUCUCUUAUUAGCUCUCUUUACACAUAAAUGGAUGUAAUCGUCUGUCACACACACUAUUAGAUGAGCUAUUUUCAGAAUGUCAUUCAUGUAUUACUGGUUACUUUCCUUUUAACAAAGAUUAUCAUUUUGUAAAGUGAAAUACUUUGUUCUGGUGAAAGUAACUCCACGGUGACACAGAAGCAGAAGCAAUGUAAAUGUUUUAUCUUGAUUGUACACUUUUCUAUAUUUUGUAUCUAAAUAUGUAAUUUUAAAGGUUGACUUAUCAUUGUCUAGGAACUACUGAUUAAAAAUAGGCGUUUGGCUAACUCUGGCCUAAUGACAUAAGUGUUUAUUAAAAUGCACUGUUCCUGUUUCAAAUAAAUUAAACACAAAACAAUAAAAGUACAGAUUUUUUGCAUUCAAUUAACCGAUAUUUUAUCAUAUUUUAUUUAUUACA